AUCACUAAUGCUUGUAGACAACACAGUUAAACACUUGUGUCUCUGGCAGGCCACUUGGAAUAAUGUCUCAUCUAAAGCAGAUUUUCUUGUGGGUGAUGAUCGUAUACUGCACUACAAGUCAGAUAAGCUGUGCAAAAAUAAUGAUCAUUGGUGACCAUCUGACAAAAGCAAGUUGUCGUGCCUAUCCAGCUAUAAACAGGACAUGUCAAUCAAGCUCUGGCAUGCUGAUAGGGAAUUUUUGCAUAAUGAACGUUGGACAAAACACUUCCAAAGGACAUUGCAGAACACUAGAAGGCAUAAAAUACAGUUUCGGAAUAAGGAAACAAUAUGGGAUUUAUGAAGUACUAAUGAAUGACAUAGUUAAAGACAUACAGCUGUGGUUUAUGCCAGACAACUUGAGAUGUUUGCCACCAGAAGUCCUGAAUUCAACAGUGUUCACAUCAGCACAGUACAGCACACCGGGAAAAACAACUAUCAGUACAACCCAAGAUAAUUCCUGUACUAUCUACCCAUGUGGUAAGACAGGUUUUUUGGAACGUCCUGCUGUUGAUCCUGGGAAGAGUUGUGAAAAUGCUGCUUAUGAUCAAUCUUUAUGCAAAGUGAGCGAAGGAAGAAAAUAUGUUCUGCUUGUAAACGGGACUGAUACGAAGUGUGUUAAAUGCAGCAUUCAAUCUGAGAUGACAUCCACUACUCCAGCGAAUCCAUCUACGACAACCAAUAACGUGAUUCAAGUUGACGGAACUAUCAAUAUUACUUCAGAUAUAAAACAAACGACUGGAGAAACCGAUCCCCUCCAAGCGUCAAACACCUUGGACAAUAUGGAAAACCUGACAUACUUGAUGGAAAAAGAAAACAAAAGCAGUGUGGCGAUUGUCAUUGGAGAUGUUAAAGGUCUUCUGCUCAGACAAGACAAGAACAAAGAAACACAAGACAUCAACAUCUGCUACUUGUCAAGCAAUGACACGUUGAAUGUUGUUGUGAGUGACAGUAUCCAGGAGGUGAACUUUCCCUGGUCUAUUAAAAUUUCCAAGGAGGCAUUUGAUAAAUCACGUUUAGAAAACAACGGAAGUGCAUUUGUUGGAGUUCUACGGUUCAAGAACAUGGGAAACAAUGAUGGAAAUCACAAAGUUUUGAAUAAUGAGGUUUACGGGGUAACGAUGGGCGCCAAUAUCUCCAAUCUUACCGACAAUAUUGAACUUUUCAUCAAACAGAAGAAUCUGGAUGGUAAUGCAUUCUGCAAUUCCUGGGAUGGGAGAGGAAAACUGGAAUGGACCAAAUUUGGCUGUAACACCACAAAGAUCGAAGACACCAUAAAGUGCUCAUGUUCACAUCUGACUUUCUUUGCAAUACUAAUGUCUUUGCCAGAUUCAAACACCACAGCACCACAUGUGGACUCUUUGACCUACAUCACCAAUAUCGGCUGCGGCUUCUCCAUGUUCUUCCUGGGCAUGGGCCUGUUCAUGCAUUUCCUGUUACGGAAAGCCAAAUCAAAUCAGGCCACAAAGAUCUUGAUCAAUAUGUUUGUGGCUUUGUUUCUACUGAAUUUAUCGUUUUUGUGCAAUGAGAGUGUCGCCAACACUCAAGACAACUCUGCGUGCAUCGUCAUCGCACUGAUCAUGCAUUACUCGAUGCUGGCGACAUUCACCUGGUUCUUCAUUCAAGCCCUUCACAUGUACUUGUGGCUCAUCAGACAGAAUGUCACCAUCAAAAACUACAUGAGAAAGAUCAGCGCGGUGGGAUGGGCGUGUCCGGCUCUGAUCGUCGUGAUCAUCGUUUCUAUAGAGGAGUAUAAAACAGUGAUCUUAGAAUCAACAACAAAAACCACACGGAUGUGCUGGAUCACAAAUCCUUACAUUCACUACAUAGUGAAUAUCGGCUACUAUGCUUUGGUUUUUAUUUUUACAACAGGAAUCUUCAUCAUGAUGGUCACAAAGAUUAUCCAAGCGAGAAACAUUAAAGUCGGUGAUGUGAAGAAAACCACAUUUAAGAAACAGCUAACGAUGAUUUUGAGUCUUCUCUUCCUGUUCGGCUUGACGUGGGGAAUCGCAUUCUUCAGUUAUGGACCGAUGGCUAUUCCGUCAUACUAUAUCUUCUCUGUGUUGAACUCCUUUCAGGGAUUCUUUCUGUUCUUGUAUUAUUAUCACAUUCACAAUGAUGUUGAAGGGAGCUUCUCUGAUGAUCCGGACAGCAGCACCUCCAGUUCCACCAAAACUAUUCAAUCCAGCAUUAAUCAUACACAGAGCGAUGUUUAUAAUUAGAAGAGUGAAAAUAAUAAUUGAUGACAAGCUUGAUUUCUUACUUUCUCAGAAAACUGAUAGCUAACUGUAAUGUGAUCGAGCACUAAAUAAGCUGUGAUAUAAGAGUGAUUACAAUAUAAGUGGAAUAUAGCUUCUAAUAUAAGUGGGAUUUUUAAACUAAUGACUUUUAUUUAGUUAGUUUUUGCCUUUUAUAUUUAAAAUAUCCAAUAUUAUAAUAUCUAUGAUGUCUAUAGUUUUGAUGCCUUUAAACUAGAAACUAUUUCAUCUCUAGGUUGUAGGUUGAAUGUUAACAUGAUUGACAGAUGCUUUCACAAACAGAAUACAGAGCAUUCUCUAUAUUAUAUUAUUUUAUCAUGGCUAUGAGUUUGGGGGCUAUUGUAAUACUAGUUAUGUAAAGUAAUAAGCAUUAUUUCAUCAAAGUGUCUAUUUGAAGACUAUUCUGAAGUAUUAAAUCUUUAGUGUAGUUAUUAAACUAUUUAAUGAUAUUACACUUUAAAAUACACUGGGUUAAUACAGUUCAUCUUUCAAGUGCUACAACUGCCCCAUGGCCUUCAUGACAUCUCGUGGCUUAUAGACGUUAAUGUCAAUGUCAAUUUAUUUAUAUAGCACAGUUAAAACAACGGCAGUUGACCAAAGUGCUAUCUCCCAGGCUGCUGAGCAGACAAUAGAUAAGUUACAUUAAGUUAAGGCUUGAUUUUCUAUAGAGCAGUUUAAUGGGUGUUUUAGGACAUUUAAGACGUUAAUGCAUGAUUUUCUGUAAAGCUGCUUUUAUGUAUUGUUAAAACCACUAUAUAUAUAUAUAUAUAAACUUUACAAAUAAAA